AUUGGGUCAAGUAAACCAUUGUCUCAAUGGUUUUAAGGCAUCCAUCAGGCAUUGGUCUAUAAAUUGUUGUUGUUCCUUUUCAUUCUUUGUAAAAUUGUGUGUGGUUUAUUCAGUUUGAGUCUGAGUCUGCUCCCAAAAUGUUUGGUUUCAAAGACAUGCCUCAGUCUGCAUCUUCCCUGUUCACGGCCUAUGCUUCCUUCGCCACCACAGCGAUGAUGCUCCGUUCAAUGACCACUAAUCUUCUUCCUCCUCAACUCAUCUCCUUAAUCUCCACCGUUUUCUUCUACUUUUUCCCUCCCAAAUCCACUCUCAUCACCACUCUCGUCAUCGACAAGAAGUGCGACUUCUUAAACAACCAAGUCUAUGAAGCCGCUGAAAUUUACCUCCGUACCAAAAUCAACCACUCAAUGGACCGUCUCAAGGUCUCCAAAACCCCAAGGCAAAAAACCGUUGUUCUCUCCAUGGAAAAGGGUCAAACAAUUGUCGAUCAUUUUGAAGAUAUUCGACUCCAAUGGGGAUUCAUCGCUACAAAGAAGCAAAAAAAUAAUGGAUUCACCGAAGAGAACUGCCAUUAUGAGCUUCUGUUCGAUAAGAAAUUUAUGGAUAGAGUCGUUAAUUUUUAUUUUCCUUACAUCUUACGGAGAGCCAAGGAGAUUAAAGCGAUGGAUAAUGUUGCUAAACUCUGUGGCUCUGGUUGUUCAUAUGAUGACGAAUCCGGUGGCCCAAAUCGUCAAGGCAGGUGGGGAUCUAUCAGACUGGAACAUCCCGCCACGUUUGAUACUCUGGCGUUGGACCCUGAUUUGAAGAAGAUGAUAAUCGACGAUUUGGAUAGAUUCGUGAAGAGGAAGGAAUUUUAUCGAAGGGUUGGGAAGGCUUGGAAAAGGGGUUAUUUGUUGUAUGGUCCUCCUGGUACAGGGAAAUCAAGCUUGAUCGCCGCCAUGGCCAAUUACCUCAAGUUUGAUGUCUACGAUUUGGAUCUCUCGGAUAUCCACAGUAACCACAGUCUAAAGAGUUCAUUACUUUCCACUACCAAUCGCUCGAUUCUGGUGAUCGAAGAUAUAGACUGCAGCGUGAGUUUGCAGAAUCGAAAAAGAGAUGAGAGAUUUGAGUCUAGAAGCGAGUUGACGCUGUCCGGAAUGCUGAAUUUCAUAGAUGGAUUAUGGUCGAGUUGCGGAGAUGAGAGAAUCAUAAUUUUCACGACGAAUUUCAAGGAGCGAUUGGACCCGGCGUUGUUGCGACCGGGUCGAAUGGACGUUCACAUAAACUUGGGUUACUGCACCUCAAAGGCGUUCAAGGUCUUGGCCACCAAUUACCUGGGCAGCAAGGCCACUGGUCACCGGCUUUACGAAGAAAUCGAAGGGCUAAUCGAUUGCGUCAACGUGACUCCGGCGGAAAUUGCGGAAGAGCUAAUGAAAAGCGACGACAUUGACGUGGUGAUAGAAGGUUUAGGCAAGUUUUUGAAGCUUAAGAUAGAGCAACGGAAGGCGGCGAAGAAAAAAGCCGAUGAGAUUGUGGAAAAAGAUAAAGCAGCGUCGUAGUUGGAGAAAUUAUUGGAUAGCACCGCCGGAAUGCCUUUGUCUUCUCCAUAACUUUUAAAUAUGGAUUCCACAAAAUCAAAGUUUUUUCUUUAGUCUGAUAAUAUAAAAAAGGCUUGUGAGUGGAAUAAUUUGAGAGAAUCUUCUUUGUAAUUGGAUUCUUAAGUAGAAUUUGACGUGAUUGUAAAAGUUUUUUAAAUUAGAAAAAAAAUGCUCGUGUAAUUUAAUAUUUGUUUUUAAAAAGAUUCUAAAAGUAGUAGCAAUAUUUUAGAAAAGUAAAGAUUUUUGGGAUAAAUGAGAUGUGAAAUAUCAUAUUACCAUUCAAGGAGAGAACCCAAGUUUUUUAGGGAAACUAUUAAAAAUAGGACAAAAUUUGGACGUGUAAAGAGGCUUGGGAUGGAAUUUGAAAUUAAAGUGUAAUAGGACAAAUGGGUAUGUGCAAUGUCAUAAUUACCCCUCAACAAGAAAAGAAGCUCAGCCAUUUGAUUACAACAGCGACUUCUUUCCUUAACGGCGAAGCAUAGAACAAAGACUCUCAGUCACGACGACGGUCCACUACAAGGAAAAAACAAAACAAAACAAAAGCGUCCGCUUGAUUUCAUUUCGAUAUGCCCCAUUAAAUUCUCCCAUUGGCAACCCACGGACCACAAGCGGAUUUUCUUUGCUUUUGCAGCUCCUCUCUGCCCUCCACCCCAGGUGAUCGCUUUUGGUGUUGGACUUUUAAUCCAAUAUUUUACCCUUUUUUUUCUUCGCAGAGUUAUUUGCCUUGGAAAAUUUGUAUAGAUGACCCUAUUUUGGGACCUA